CAAAUAGUUAAGGCUGUGGGUUGUUCUAGUUUUAGGGAAAUGCGAAGUUUAGCUUUAAACAAUCGUAAUUUAGACAAUACUCGACAGGAUUACCGGCUGGCAACGUAUACCGUUGUAUUUAGGAGAAUUUUCUGAACAAAACUGCGUAAAAAAAUUUAAUCCGAAUAAUUUUUCCCAUAUUGUCUGGGCUACUACCCUUUCCCACCCAUUUUGCUACUCAUAAAGUAACUACCUAAUUUCUGUGUUAUUGGAAUCUUGCGUUAUAAAAGUAGAAAGCUCAGAUAGUACUCCGGUUAGCAGUUUUCUGUUCGUACUAGAAAUGCUAGUUUCUCUAAAUUUGUUUAUUUAUUUUUACUAAUUUUGUUUGACGGACAUGCCUCUAAACAUAAAGUCACGAUAAAGAAAACAUCAGCUUUAUUAUCCUUUAUUUCCUAGUCUGUCUGUGAUGCAACAUCAACAACAAAAAACACCAUAUAAAGGUAAUUUAGCUGCAUUCUCCGUUGGGCUAAUCUUAACGUGGACAUCUCCCGUGCUACCAAAAAUGAAUAACAGUACAGGAAUUUUGAAUGAAAAUCCUUUCGAUAAACCUAUUACCGACGAACAGCAGUCCUGGAUAGCAUCUCUUUCAUCCGCUGGAGCCAUUUUUGGACCAUUUAUUGCAGGAUUCCUUGUCGAUAGAAUUGGACGUAAAUGGACUUUAGUUUACGCAUCUGGGAUUCCCAUGACAACAGCAUUUUUAAUGUUGGCAUUCAGUAAAACCCCAGUUCUAUACUACGUGGCGAGGUUGAUCGGCGGUUUGGGUAUGGGGGUAGUUUAUGCUGCUUUGCCCAUGUACAUAGGAGAAAUAUCUGAAACAUCAAUAAGAGGAACUCUGUCGUCGUUUUUCAAUAUUUUUACAGUUAGUGGAGAACUACUUACUUACGCGUUGGGACCUUACAUAUCGGUUAUGUGGUUUAGUAUAAUUUGCGCUAUAUUUCCUGCCGCUUUCGUGAUGUUGUUCUCGUUCUUUCCGGACAGCCCUCACUAUUUUAUUUCAAAAAACAAUAUUCCUGCUGCUGAAUCAUCCCUUGCAAAACUUAGGGGCACGAACAUAGGAGGAAUUGAAAAAGAAUUUGCUGUAAUUAAAGAAUACGUGGAAAACGAUAUGAAUAGUAGAGGCUCAAUAAUUGAUGUAUUAAAAAGCCGUGCAUUGAGGAAAUCCCUACUAAUAUGUUUGGGGCUGGUUGCCUUACUGCAGUUGUCGGGUAUCCAAGUUGUUUUAACAUCCGCGACGGAUAUUUUUAACGCUUCUGGAGGCUCCUUAGAUUCCAACAUUUCUUCCCUUAUAGUAGGGUUAGUCCAGUUGGCUACAGGUUUUACUACCCCUGUUUUAGUAGACCGAAUAGGGAGGAAGAUGUUGCUUUUGGCAUCAGCAAUUGGAAUGGUCAUAUCAGAAGUGCCACUAGGGAUUUACUUCUAUUUAAAAGAAAAUGACUAUGACGUGAGCAGUAUUGGAUGGUUACCUGUUGCUUGCAUGAUUGGUUACAUUAUCACAUGUAAUUUCGGCUUUGGCACGGUACCAUGGACGGUCAUGGGCGAGAUAUUCCCAACUGAUGCGAAAGCCGCUGCUUCUACAAUUACAGCAAGCUUUUGCGCAUUUAUGGCUUUUAUUGUGGUCAGAGUUUUCACUUAUGUACAAGAUGCUGUUGGACUCAGUGUGACCUAUUGGAUUUUUUCAGCAUUCUGUUUCUCAGGAAUAUUUUUCACCCAAUUCUUUAUGAUAGAAACGAAAGGGAAAACGUUUGCCGAAAUUCAAGUGAUAUUGAACCGAUGAAACUGUUAUUGUAGUGGUUGCUUGCCCAACUUAGUUCUGAUCAAGCGCGGAUAGGGAUGAAACGAUACAUUUAAAUACAAAUACUUAAUUGAUACCUUCUUUUCGAUACCAAAUGCUUUUGGUACAGAUUCUUUUAAAGCAAGUAAUUGGUAGGUAUCGAUAAAAAGUACUCGUUACGCUACUCAUUUAGUUCUAAAAAUUUUUUUUUAUUAGACCGUUUUGUAUGCAACAUUCAUUUUUUUACAGUAGGUAGCCUUAAACUUUCUGUUUGGUGGUUGUAUUCCGCGUAUUUUCAACCACAUAUAACUAGUACUUACUGUUUUCAAAAUCUAACAUUCUACCAUAACCACGUCAAGAAAUCAAGGAAACAUCUUGGAAAAUUACUAUUUGUAGGUGAUGCUAUGAAAGGGGACUUUCUUUGUUAAUUUCUAAAAAUAAAAAAGUAAACUAAGGGCUGCCUAUAGAUUACGUAACACAAAUAAUUGGGAGAAUGGGUUCAGUCAAAGUCACUCUAUUAUAACAUGGGGAAGUUGGAGGUCACUGUUUAUAAUACGUAAAUGAGCCUUGGAAGUUAGAUUUUUUCAAAAGUCCAAGGGAUUGCAGACUUGAGUAUUUGAUAUUACAAUAAUUUCAGCGGGUUCUUAAGAAAAAGAGUCUUAACGGUCAGACAGACAAACAGACAGACAAUCAAGUGACUCCAUUAGGACUUCUUUUUCCUUUUGAGGCAGGAAACCCUCAAAAAAAAAAAAAAAAUUUAUAAUUUGUUAUAUUUUGCAAUUUAUACGCCAGCGCAUCCUUCAAUUGUCAUGCUUAAGGCUGGAACGUAAAGGAAGGUAUCUCGCAUUCGUUUGCCAAAAACAGGCACAUAAUAUACUUUAAAAAUACAAACGUCCGUGCUUGCUUCGAAAAUAUUUUUACUCGCAAUUUAGGGUCCACUUUGUUUCAGGAAUCUUUACAGUACAAGUGCUACGAAACGACAUAAGCUUGAAGGAAGGAAGCAACCCGUGCGUUACGGUUCUUUUACAAUGAUGAAGGGGGUCAAAAAUUGAUGAAUUUUGCGUUACAUAAUUUAUGGAUAACUACCAACCCCCAACUAUUUUGUACUAGCGUUAUUUAAAUUUUAAUCCAACCUACUCAUCAAAAAAUAUCGAUACACUAAUAGGUAUCAGGUAUCACCACUCGUCAUUCAAUAUAGAAGGAGUAUGGAUCCUUUCUUUAAGUACAAUUGCCAAGGGAAAGUAUCGAUACUCACAUGACGUCGUUUCAUCCCUUGAUAAUUACAUAAUUUCUACUAGUUUUUUUGUUAUACUUUAAUUACUACUGGUAUUAUAGACUGAAUAAGAAAAAAUAACAAAUAAGAUAAUUUUUAGACGGUUUCGUAAUAUAAUAAUUGAUUGAUAAAUACAGGAUUAGGUUAAAUAAUAAAUUAUAUUCAUAAAUAAUAAAUAAACGGUUGUAUGUAUCCUAAUUAAAUUUACCGAACAAAGAGAACAAAAAGGGAAUCUUCUCCAGUGUAUUAUAUAAAUAAAUAAGUAUGUAAAUAGAUAAAUAUCAUUCGUCUAAAAUGAGAGAAGGAGUGGUAAGUAUUGUUGUCAUUGAUCUUGCAACUUAUUAAGGGUGAAUAUUGUUUUCCCCCUCAAUUGAGGCGUGGGUAUGCAUCUGAAGAUAGUGGGAACAAGAACGAAAUAAAUUGAAGGAAGAAUUAAAAGAAAUAUGAAAUAUUAAUCUGAAAAUUCAUUUUUGAAUUUUUUACCCACUUCACGCUACCUCAA